AUGCUUCGGGAGCGCCUGGUUGGGCUGACGCCCCGCGAGAGGGCACAGGCGCUCAGAAUACCGUCAUUUAGAGAUUUUUUGGACUCCAGAGUGGAGAAACUGCAUUGGCCUCUCAUACUGUUGAUAGCCACCGUGCUGCUGCUGCUGAGCCAGCUUGUGAUCCCCAGGGAUGCUGCGGCCACAACUGCGAGGCUGCGCACCAAAACCGUUGUGACGCCACUUUCUAUGCCGCAAGCAACACCAGGGGCAGCAGCAAAAACGGGAACCUCAGCGGAGCUGGAAGAGCAGCUGAUGGGGUGCCGCACGCUGAAGACAGACCCUAUCCCUGCCGUGGACAAGUCGCCAUCGCUGCGGGUGCUGGAGACCCACACGCCCCAGCAGCGGCAGCAGGCGCAGCAGUACACGGCAGCCGUGGGCGCAUGCACCGACUUUGCGUGUUUGCGCCAGGCCAACCAGCUGCCGCGGGCGCCCGGUCAGUUCCCUUUCCCCCACUUCCUGGUGAUCGGCUUCCCCAAGUGUGCCACCUCGUCUCUGUACUGCCACCUCAUCCAGCAUCCUCAAAUCCAGCAUCCCAAGGAGAAGGAGUCUCACCUGCUGCUAGACCAGUGCGAGAGGCCUGGGUUGGACUGCCCAGCAGAGGCCCAGCGGCACUAUGUGGUUGAUGUGCUCAACCUGGCAGAGGCGGCGCAGUCCCAGUUCACCAGAGCCGCAUUUGAAGGAAGCACUCACUAUGUGCUGGAGGCCGACUGGUUUGCGGAGCGGCUGGCCGCCACCAUGCCCUGGCUGAGGGUUGUCGUUUCAAUGAGGGACCCCAUCUCGCAGGCUAUUGCCAUGCACCUACAUAACAUUGCGCAUGGACGACCGGCCAACUGCACCGCAGAUCUGGAGGAAAAAAGCAUCUACCACUGCGUGCGAAGGAGCCUGAAAGCUCGGUCGCACUAUGCACCCAAAAUUGAAAAGUGGAUGAAGGCCUUCCCGCGGCGGGAGCAGCUGCACAUCUUGCAGUUUGAGAACCUGACGCGGCCCGAGGCCAUGGCAGGCCAGCUGCAGGGCCUUAAGACCUUCCUGGAUCUGAAACCCCUGCUGCCCUCCAGCGAGCUGCCCCUGACAAACUACAAGCACCAGCGCGGCGACGAGGAUGCGCUUGGGCGGUACUGGAUCAUGAAGAGAUGGGAGAUCGAGCACCUGGUUUCAAUUGCCCGGAACAGCACCAUGGACCUAUUGGACCUACUCGUGCAGCAUGGGUAUGCCGGGGAGCAGGGCAAGGCAGAGUGGCUGCAGAAUUGGGAGAACAUCUGGCAGGACAACCUCAGCCGAUGUGAGCCGGGCCGGUCAGCCCCCUGCAAGGUCGUCGUUUCUUGA